CAAGCCCAACCCCAUCCCUCACCCCACACCUUCUUUCCCCUCCAUAUUUUUCUCCCUUUCUCUCUUUUUCUUCCGAAUACCGCAUAUCCUUCUUUAUGUCAACAAUUCGGACAAUUUCUUGACCAAAAGCCACCUCUGCGCACUUGCGGCCUAGUCGCGAAUUACUGCCGUAUUGAACGGAUAACUUCGCUUCUAGGCGCUUGCUGCCUUAUUUAAGCUGCAAUGACUACAAGCGAGAGCGCGCCAACUAAGUUCACAGGAAACGCAUCCUUUUAUGUCUUCAUGACGCGUUACCGGCCACCCAUCUUCCUCAAGCGCAACAUCGAAGCGGUUCUAAGGCGAUGCGAGCUAGAGAGGCUGGAAGAAGAAGACAGUGAGGUAUCCACGCCUGUUUCGGGGACUUCGACUCUUCUUAGUGAUCGAUGGUCGAGGUCCUCAGCGAGCCUCCUAUUCCUACCGGUGGAAAGAUGGAACCUGUUUUGAAAAUUGAGGCGAAGUCUUUGAGGCGCAAAUGGGCACCCAAACCUCGGGUUCAUCCUCCAAGUUCAGGCACCCGGAAUUCUCGCACUAGUCGCGAUCGUCGUUCCUUUGAUAAACCCAUAAAUAUCCGUUGCCGGUGUGAGCUCACGAUCUACGAGAAGCUCGAUCCCUUGAGGGCUGCAAAACUCUCCAAUGUACGGCGAACCAGAUCUAGGUCCAGGGAGGAAUCAAGCACAAAUCCACUUGUUCGAUACAGGCAAUUUUGCACAAUCGCAUAUGAUUCUGAAGAGUUUGCGACCAUCGAAAUGCAGGAUCCGUUUUAUAUCAGGGCUGGCGAGCUGUUUGUAUUUACCAAUCGGGGACCAAUCCAGAGUUUUGGCCUAGCAGAGAGUUAUACAGCGGAAUUCGCUUUACAACCAAUCAGUACCGACCAACCUUGGCCUCCCCUAGAUUCAAAUAGCUCAGGGAGAUGGGACGACCCGACCAAUGUCCAACUCGUUGGAGUUUUCCAUUCUCUCCCUAUGGCUCCCGCAUCUGCUUCCCAUGAACUCGAAUUCCGAACAGGUAUACUAGGUGAAACAGGCGAGCGGGCGGAUAUCGAACUUGAGCUGGACUGCAAAUGGGAUAAGCAAGGAACCAUCACACGCGGUGGAGAAGCUUACCAGCUCGUGUCUCCAAGACUACCAACUCCGGUGUCUGAGAGAGGGCGUGAUUUCUCACCCGUAGACUCUGUACUAACCUGUUACGUUUUCAGCUCCCCCGUAGAUGAGGAGCGUUUUCAUCCGUGUAUUGAGCAACCAACUAUCAAACAUCAGCACGCGUUCACUGUCCCCAGAUAUAUAUGCCCUUUUUGUGAUGGAAGAGAACUCACAAAUCUAACUAGUUUACAUUUCCACCUUAUCACCUCUCACGAUUUGUUCCAGUUCAAAGUAAGGCCAAACAAAGCAAAAAGUGGUCUGAGGGGUAACGAGAGGCAUGAGAAUUAUGUGGAGGUCUUUGUAGACCUAGCAAGAGAUGCUAUGGUUGGAAGAGCGAGUGACCAUGUUCCGGAUCACAGGACUUUUCGCUGGGUCAAACCUUCAGAAAUACUUGAUGUCGAUAGAAUACUUGAUGGCGACUGGAGUUGGCUGAACGAAAGGAGAGGCAUAUCCCUACAGAAUCGGAGGGAUACGACGGCUGGAGGGACACUUGUCCCAUUUUCUAAGAAGAGAAUCAAUCUGAAUGAGGUUGGGGAUUUGCCGGUAAACAAAAGACGGAAAUACCGCGUGCCCGUACCCAUGAAUGGGCUGCAAGGGCUGGUGUUUAUAAGAAGUAGAUCGAAAAGAUUUGUAUACCCGGAUGAGGAACUGAGUGAGAGUGACGAUGAUGUCGACGAGGGCUGGCUGCAGAUGGAACACAAAGAAAUCAUCGAAGACUUCACUGAUGUGGCUCGGAAUGAAAUGACCUUCAUGCAGCUCUGGGACAGACAUCUGUUUUUAGAACGGCCGAUUGGAUAUUCACACAUCCCACAAGUUCUGAUUCGCUUUGCCCGUGAGCAAGCUGAAAACAUGAGAACUUCUCAGCUUCUAGUUGAAUUUUGGAAACAUUGUUUGAAUCUUGUCCAAUACGGAAUAAUAGACACCGAAUGUGUAGCCUUCUGUAUGAGGGUCAUCAAAGGCGAAGGCCAAUGGUCCUCUGCUGGACAGACAAAGUGGGGAAUUGGACUGUCAGGGCCGCUUGUACUUGAUACCCAGGAAGCCGCCCCAACUAAAGUUGAGGAUACGGACGUUAUAGACUGCCUGCAGGCGCCAGAGAUAAUCUCGGGGUUUUGCACAUGCGGGAAGCCGUUCGACAAGCCUGAGAUGGUGCUUUGCAAUGGAAACAAAUGCGACACGCGAUGGUUCCAUAGAUCCUGCGUCGAUGCAGAACGAAUGCAAGAGGGUUGGCGGUGUAAAAUUUGUCAAGAAGUCCAGAGCGGCAGCUGAUUUCGAUCCUCAGGCUCGCCAUAGACCGCAAAGACUCGUUUUCUUAUCACGAUUUCUAAUAUUACCUCAACUCCUGGCACGGAAUUUGAAGAAUCAUCCUCUGGCUACUUCUCUUCUGCCAGCCCAGCUGGCCCUUGUGUACUAAUAAUUCUUCGGCUGGGGCGUUCGUUGUACUUUUAUUCCUUCCGGUUCGUCGUUAUCCUUUAUUUCUUUUCUGUCUUGGAGAUCUCAUAGACGCGCCUGACUAUGUCUUCACCCGAGAGUUUGUCUUUGUUUAGCGGUGUUCAGGUUUGGAGGAGGGUUGUACACUACAGUCUAUAGAUAUGGCGAGGUUUAAGAAAGAGAAGACAGUCUAGUUUUAUG